GGACAGCUGCGGCCUGCAGGGCUGCGUAGGUGCCGGAAACAAGCGACCUUCCGGGUCCUGUCUUGGGCGGAGAGCGGGAUGCUUGGCCGCGUGUGUUUCCUCUCUGUUGAGGCCAGUCACAAGGUGGAGGCGCGGGACCGAUUGGGCGGCUUCGAGGCAGGCGGCUUCUCGUUCUUCCUGUCCAACAUCGUCAAGGUGAUCGACGUGAAGCAGACGGAGACGGGUGUGCUGCUGCGCGUGCAGUCGGAGGGGCGGGUGGCGGUGAAGAGCCUGGUGCAGGCCCAGCCAUACUUCCGUGCGGUGGUGGUGCCGCUCACCGACAGCGUAGACCUGGACACACUGCAGGCUCCCACAUGGAGGGACAUAUGCGGCAAUGUGGAGCGGCUGCGCAGCCUGAUGCGGGACGUACAGAACCUGUCUAACAAGUUCAAGGGGCCGGAGACUUCCAACCUGCAGCGAGCCAUGCAGUGGGUGGACAACCCACAGCCGCUGGUGUUUGCCUCCUCCUCACUCAUGCUCAACAGCCGCCCCUCCUCGGGCGCCGCGCCCAGCGGCCUGCGCACGCCGCCCACUGGAUCCUUCGCAUCUGGAUCCUACGACGCCGAGGACUUCCAGCCCAGCAAGAUCCUUGCAAACCAGAUCCAGCCCGACGUGGAUUCCAUCUUCACGGAAUCCAUCUCCGGAUCCAUCUCGGAUUCUGAAUCCGACGCGCAGUACGCCGCCGCCGCGAGCACUGGCGCCGCCGGCGCCAGUAGCGGCGCCGCCAGCACUGCCAGCGGAACCGGAAGCGGAAGCGGCAACGGCGGGUCUGGUCCAUCGCCAUCCUCCUCAUCGGCGGGGUUACCCGGUGCGGCCGCGGGCAGUCGGGGCGGCAGUGGCAGCGGCGGCGGCGGCCUGGGCUUCAGCACAAGCAGCGGCCUGGCGGCGGCGGCGGUGUUGGGUGACGGCAGCGCGCUAGGUCCCGGCGGCGUGAUCCGCACUCGACCCAGCCUGUUGGAUCUGGAACGCGCCUGCCGCCUGUCCAUGGCCGCGAUCCAAAUCCUGCCGCGUACGACGGAGGAGGAGCGGGCGGCGGUGCGUGCGGCUCAGACGGAGGCGCUGGAGACUCAGGACGUGCUGCAGCGCCUGCACCUCGCCAACCGGGUCAUGGCGGAGGCGCGCGGACUGCUCAGUGCCAAGUGCGCACUGCUCACGCUGUCCUCAGCCUCCCCCGGCUCCUGAAGUUCUGUCUACAGCUGUGCACGGCUGGUUUUGCGGCUGUGAGCGGCUGGGAGGCCGCUGGCCGGGUGGACGGAUCGACAGCGCGUGCAUCUCCCGAGCGAAAUGCAGCUCCCCAAACUGCCCCAAGUUACGCACGUGUGCUGAGUCUGGGGUAUACCUACGCACGCAUCAUUGAGCUGCACCCAUUGCGCCGCGUGCUGCAGGACAGAAGCGCUAGGAACAAAGAAAGCUCUAGGCACGAACCUGUGCAGAACUUCGUGGGACCCCCGAUCGACCGACCGACUGGCCUGGGUUUGAGGGGUCAUAACUUUGCACCCAGAAACCCAAUUUCAGUGUUGCAAGCGGAUUCAUGAUCUCUCGUUGAGCUCUACGGUAUUGAUUUAAAGCAUGGAGUCUGUUUCGGAAGAAUCUAUUCCCCCUGGGCAGGAGGAUUCGAUUGGCGGCGGCGGUGGCAGCGGUGGCGGCGGCGGCAGCAGCGGCAGCGGCGGCGGCAGCAGCGGGGGUGCGUGCGCACAUCUUGGUAGCGGAGGGGGCGGGAAAGGCCAUGUUGAGGAGGAGUGCGCAGCGUCGCCCAAGAAGCGGCGCAAGCGCGCAGGCUGAGGAGCCGGCUGGCGGUGUCUAGGUAGCGGUCCGCGGUGGGGCUGGCAGGGCAUGUGUAGCGGCAUGACAAGUAGUGCGGCUGUUGACAACUGUGCUGUGUCUGGCUGCGGUUGGCUCUGCUGGGCAUCGCGAUUGCUAGGCACCUGGUUUGGCUAUUUGCCUGAGGAAACCGACCCCGGCUAUGUCCGGGCGAUGAGCUUGUUCGGCCUCAGACUGUGGAGGGGCUCAGCCCCUUUUCCCGUGACCGGGGAACACUUGUCGACAGAAAUGUGCCCAAAAGCCGCUUCUGGGCGCCUAAAAGGACGGGCUUCACUAUUACUGCUGUGUAAUAUAUCCCAUGCCCAUGGAACCAGGAAACGACGACAAUUGCUUGUUGAUUUGCCGUGUGGCUUCAGCUUUCAGCGGACAAGCAGCGGCUUCCACAAUACAACAUACACGAAGAUAAGAACAUACAACAUCUUAAGACGAAAAGAGGUUUGAAGGGCUGCCAUGUCAGCAUGGCAUGGCAGUGUGGUUGAGGAACGGGCUAGCAGCGCGUUCCGUCGCAAACAAACUUGGCGUGUGGAUGAUUGAGGCUAACAACCCACGCGGUGCGCAGGGUGCGCACAGGGAGAGAGCACAGAGAGUAUGUCCGCUUUGCCACGCUGAUGGGGAGGAGCAUGUAGAGGAUGAGAGGCAUGUGCUGCUUGAGUGCAAGGCGUACGAUGAUAUCAGAAGCACGCUGUGGGAGGUGAUUCCCGCGACUAUGAUGGACGCGAUGGCCAGUGGUGACCAGAGGGGUUUAGCGCGUGUCAUUCACGCGAUAAGGCUGCGACGUAACGACCUUACGGCGCGACCAAUUUAGAUAUAUUAUUGCAUGAACUGUUUUGCUUUUUGAAUAAUCCUUUUGAGACUAGUUUUGGCGGUCCAUGAGCUUCCUGGCUCGUUUGGACCAAUCUACGAGCAUGAACUUGUAACAUCAAUCAAUC